AUGAGUGAAGGAGAUAUCGUUGUUGUUGAGGAUGCAGAAAUCAAUGUUCUCGGAGUUAUUCCAGCACAGUUAAAAGAAUUUUCCAAUAUAUCUAUCGAAUCAAUAACACCAAAUGAAAUUUAUUUGAAAUUAGAUGAAGACAGAAUCAAAGGAAAAAUACAAGAUACGGUCGGAACUGUAAUGUUUUUUGCUCAUGAUGAUAAUGAACAAGAAGCAAGAGUUGUUGGAUGUGCAGAAAAGCAAGUUCAAUUCGAACAUUACUUUACAAUCCCUCGCGAAGAACUCAAAAAGCCAUUUAUUCCAUCAGAUGCCUUAAUCAAACCAAAUUAA